UCAAAACAAACCACAACGGCCACACAAGAGCUUUGCAACAACAAACGGUUUUAUAAGUUAGUUAGCUACUUCGCCGGAGGGUAAUUCUUAAACUAGAACGGACCUCUCACCAGACAUCUCAGAGUAUCUGGAGAGAGAACACCACAGGAACGGACCUCUCACCAGACAUUUUUUUUAACCAAGACCCCUUCUUGAUGCUUACACCAAAUGUGUAAAAAAGACUGCAAGGACUCAAGGGACUGUUGCUUUUACGUCAAUCGACUAGCUAGUCUGCCUGGCUGACACCGGCAAAGCAUAUCUCACUGAUCCUAACCCGAGUAUGAGCCUGUCGGACUCCUCUGAUGUGGAUCCGGAGAUGGACCGUAAAGCCAUGAAAUGCGAGUCAUGUGACAUGUUCAUUGUAGUGAACGAGGAAGAGUACAGUGACCUAUACACUUGUGAUAAGUGUAAACAGCUCACUGCCUCAAAGGAGCGGAUCAUUGAACGUCUCUCUCUGGCCAAGGAGACUUCAAAACGAAGUGCUGAUUCUGAAGCCCCAAUCCCAAAUGAUCAAGGGGAUCAUCCAGGGUGUUCUACCAGACUAGGGUCCUCUGCGGUGACCACUAUGAACACUACCAUGGACCACUUUCCUGUAUUGACACGUCACACCGACGAAAACAGGAGCCCCCUGUCGUCACCGGGGCCAUCCGAUGAAGCCCUCCCCCUGUCGUCACCGGGGCCAUCCGAUGAAGCCCUCCCCCUGUCGUCACCGGGGCCAUCCGAUGAAGCCCUCCCCCUGUCGUCACCGGGGCCAUCCGAUGAGGCCCUCCCCCUGUCGUCACCGGGGCCAUCCGAUGAGGCCUUCCUCCUCUCUUCACCGGGGCCAUCCGAUGAGGCCCUCCUCCUCUCUUCACCGGGGCCAUCCGAUGAGGCCCUCCUCCUCUCUUCACCGGGGCCAUCCGAUGAGGCCUUCCGUCGCUCUUGUGGCAAGACAUUUACCAGUCAUGAGAAAAACCACUCAAGAGAUGGAUCUCACCCCUGUGACCAGUGUGAAAAUAGUUUUGUUACACUAAAACUUCUGGAAAAACACCAGAUAACUCACUCCAACCCUCAUGUGUGCUCUGAUUGUGGAAAGAGAUUCCGUCGGGCUGAUCACCUAAAGAGACAUCAGAGAGGCCACACCGAGAAUAAACCGUACAUUUGCCCUAAUUGUGGGAAAGGCUUUGGUUACUCUGGAAAGUUGAACCAACAUGUGAGACUUCACACUGGGGAGAAACGUUACCAGUGCCCCGAUUGUGGCAAAAUGUUUGCUGCUAUUAAAACAAUGAAAAGACACCAAGAGGUUCAUUCAGCACAUAGGGUGAAGCCUCAUGUUUGCACUACCUGUGGAAAGGGCUUUGCUCGUAUUGAUUCCUUAAAAAAACAUUCCACCAUUCACACUGGAGUGAAACCGCACCAGUGCUCUGACUGUGGAAGGAGCUUCCGUAUGUUUGAUCAUUUAACUCGGCACCAGAAAAAAGCACAUGGAGAGAAGCUAUUCCCAUGCUUUGUUUGCAAACAACGUUUUGUUUCAAAGCACACACUGAUGGUUCAUCAGAGAAAGCAUACAAGGCCUUACCACUGCUCCCUGUGUGACAAGAGAUAUGCCGAUAAGGGGAAUUUAGCAGUCCAUCUGCGAGUACACACUGGAGAGAAGCCACACCUUUGCUCCCAGUGUGGGAAAUGUUUCUCUGGUAAACAACAACUUCAAUUACACCUCUUGGUACAUUCAGGUGUGAAGUCUUAUAAAUGUUCUCACUGUGAAAGGAGUUUUGCUAAUACACCUAUCCUGAAAAGACACAUACGAACCCACACUGGAGAGAAACCGUACCACUGCUCUGAAUGUGGGAGGAGUUUCGCUGAUGGGGAUACACUCACAAAACAUCUGCGAACCCACACUGGAGCGAAGCCAUACCUUUGCUCUCUGUGCGGGAAACGUUUCUCUGUUAAACAACGUCUUAAAGAACAUCUAAUGGUACAUUCAGGUGAGAAGCCUCAUACAUGUUCUCACUGUGAGAGGAGUUUCACUAGUACAUCUAAUCUGAUAAGACACUUGCGAACCCACAGUGGAGAGAAACCGUUCAAAUGCAUUGACUGUGGGAAGGGGUUUGCUCGCUCAGCAACCCUUAAAAAUCACCAGCGUAUCCACAGGAGGGUCACCAAGGAUCAAGCUCCCAAGGACAAAUAGCUGCACAGAGAACUCUACAUAGUAGUUUCACCACAACUGUCUGUCAUGUGUCUGUACCAGAAGUCAGAAUAUUCUCUAUAGGCUUUAUUUCUCUUACAUUCUUUUAAGGGGUUUUAAGCUGUUGGUCCUUAUACCAUAUACUACUACUGUGAAACGUAUUCAAAGUACUAUUUUAUGCUAUAUCACAACAGACAUUUUUGCUGAUUUAGCAUCCUUCUCUCAGGACUAAACACACGUCCCUGUUAAUCACAACUACAUAUUAUUAGAAGUGUCCUAGGAAAGAAGUUGACACUUAUUGUUGACACAGUUGUCAUUUCAUGUUCUCUCUCUGUGUGUAUAAACCCGGACAUUAAAAUAUGUGUUUGAUCUGA